AUGCCCCGCGGCUUCCUGGUGAAGCGCAGCAAGAAGUCCACGCCCGUGUCCUACCGGGUCCGCGGCGGCGAGGACGGCGACCGCGCGCUGCUGCUCUCGCCUGGCUGCGGGGGCGCCCGCGCCUCGCCCCCAGCGCCGAACGCUGGGCCGGGACCGCUGCUGCCGCCCGCCGAGCGCGCCCAUGCGGCGCUCGCUGCCGCGCUCGCCUGCGCGCCAGGCCCGCCGCCGCCCCCGCCGGGCCCGCGGGCCGCGCACUUCGGCAACCCCGAGGCCGCGCACCCAGCGCCGCUCUACAGCCCCACGCGGCCGGUGAGCCGCGAGCACGAGAAGCACAAGUACUUCGAGCGCAGCUUCAACCUCGGGUCACCGGUCUCCGCAGAGUCCUUCCCCACGCCCGCCGCUCUGCUCGGAGGCGGCGCCGGCGCCGGCGCCGGCGCGAACGGCACGGGCGGCGGCGGCACCUGCGGUGGCGACCCGCUGCUCUUUGCGCCCGCCGAGCUCAAGAUGGGCACGGCGUUCUCCGCGGGCGCCGAGGCGGCCCGCGGCCCAGGUCCUGGUCCCCCGUUGCCCCCCGCAGCCUCCCUGCGGCCCCCGGGGAAGCGGCCCGCGCCUCCCACCGCCACCGCCGCCGAGCCUCCCGCCAAGGUAGCCAAGGCCCCGGGCGCCAAGAAGCCCAAAGCCAUCCGCAAGCUGCACUUCGAGGACGAGGUGACCACGUCGCCUGUGCUGGGGCUCAAGAUCAAGGAGGGCCCAGUGGAGGCGCCGCGGGGCCGGGCGGGGGGCGCGGCGCGGCCGCUGGGCGAGUUCAUCUGUCAGCUCUGCAAGGAGGAGUACGCCGACCCGUUCGCGCUGGCGCAGCACAAGUGCUCGCGCAUUGUGCGCGUGGAGUACCGCUGCCCCGAGUGCGCCAAGGUCUUCAGCUGCCCCGCCAACCUGGCCUCGCACCGCCGCUGGCACAAACCGCGGCCUGCGCCCGCUGCCGCCCGCGCGUCCGAGCCUGAAGCCGCGGCCAGGGCUGAGGCGCGGGAGGCGACAGGCGGCGGCAGCGACCGCGACACGCCGAGCCCCGGCGGCGUGUCCGAGUCGGGCUCCGAGGACGGGCUCUACGAGUGCCACCACUGCGCUAAGAAGUUCCGCCGCCAGGCCUAUCUGCGCAAGCACCUGCUGGCACACCACCAGGCGCUGCAGGCCAAGAGCGCGCCGCCUGCGCCUCCGGCUGAGGACCUACUGGCCUUGUACCCUGGGCCUGACGAAAAGGCUCCCCAGGAGGCGGCCGGCGACGGCGAGGCGGCCGGCGUGCUGGGCUUGAGCGCGUCGGCCGAGUGCCACCUGUGCCCGGUGUGCGGGGAGACGUUCCCCAGCAAGGGAGCCCAGGAGCGCCACCUGCGCCUGCUGCACGCCGCCCAGGUGUUCCCUUGCAAGUACUGCCCGGCCACCUUCUACAGCUCGCCCGGUCUCACGCGGCACAUCAACAAGUGCCACCCGUCCGAGAACAGACAGGUGAUCCUCCUGCAGGUCCCCGUGCGUCCGGCCUGCUAG